AUGGCUGCAGAAGAUGAUCCUUUUGGCGCGUUUGGAGAAGAUGAUGCUGAUGAUGACGAGAAGGACGGUGAUGAUUGCAAUGUAGUAUCCAAUACAGCAUCAGUGCCAGAAUCUGGACAGCAGCAGGCGAGACGCGACCCUUCCUGUGGUGUCCUUGUCUUCCACAAUGGUACCGAACAAGCACUCCUCCAUCAUGUGGAACGAGAAAUGGAAUUGUUGGCUACUUCUGACCAACUGGAAACAGCCGAGCAAGUAAUGAAACUGGUAGACCAGUACUGUUUCUCGAGGCAUUGGAUGAUGCACAUUGGGGAUCAAAAGGGUAUCAUCCUCAAGGAUUUCAUCAGGGAGUUUUGCCAGCUAUACCAGAAUCGCCUCAUCAGACAGACAAAACCAGAACAAACGGUGAUCAUGGUCGAACUGGGGACUUAUUGUGGAUAUUCUGCCAUUCUCAUGGCAUAUACCAUCUUGGAAUUCACCCGAACACAUCCACAAUCCACCCAACCGUCCUUUCGAAUCUUCUCUGUGGAUGUCAACUCAAGCCAUCAAAUCGUCGCGCAAAAACUGGUGCAAUUAGCAAAACUGCAAGAUUUUGUCGAGUUUGUUCUUUUACCCGACGCAACCAACAGUCACAACGCAUUAACCGAGACAUUGCAGAAGCACUUUGCAGUCACAACAUCAAAGAUUGACUUUCUCUUUAUCGACCAUGACAAGGACUUGUACGUGUCAGACUUGCAACAACUGGAAGCAUCGGGGUGGAUACAAAAGGGAACGCACGUCGCUGCCGAUAAUGUCGUCUUUUUUGACAUUCCCUAUCGAUCCUACAUCCAACAGAGGAGAGAACAAGGCAUUGUCUCUUCCAAACUGGUCAUGGGACAACUGGAAUACGUCAUUCCAGAAGAGCUUGGCAAGACGAAUGCAAUUGGUCAGCUCCAAGAUGGUGUUGAACUAACUGUCUACGAGAAGGACCCGACACACCCACCAUAG